CGCGCCGAUGCUACCCGCAGAGAUGAAACGUGAGCUUGGAUGGCCAAGGACGCCGGAGCUUCCCUCGCCUGCCGCCCGGCGCCCCGGGGAGAGACAAAGAGACCUCAGCCGCAGCGCAGCCCGCGCGGCCGGCCGGGUUCCCCCCCAGGCUCCGGAGCAAUGGCCAGGUCUCCGCGCGAGCCGCCUCUCGGGAGCGCUGCCUUUCCAUCUGACCGCCCUCCAGCCCCUCCAGCCCGUCUAUCUCCUCCCUGUUCCGGGCUCGCCCGUCGCACCCAGCCGUCUCUCCAGUCCGUCUGUCUAUCUGUCCUGGCGCGAAAACUCCGGCCACCGGCUUGGAUGGACGCGCGCAGGCUGCCCGGGUGUCCAGGGAUCUUGCUUCCGAAGUUGGUCCUGCUCUUUGUCUACGCAGAGGACUGCCUCGCUCAGUGCGGCAAAGACUGCAGAGCUUACUGCUGUGAUGGGAACGCUCCCUACUGCUGCUCCUACUAUGCCUACAUUGGGAAUAUCCUCUCGGGCACAGCAAUUGCUGGCAUCGUGUUUGGAAUUGUAUUCAUCAUGGGGGUCAUUGCUGGAAUUGCCAUAUGUAUCUGCAUGUGCAUGAAAAACAACCGUGGAACCCGAGUGGGUGUCAUCAGGGCCACCCACAUCAAUGCCAUCUCCUCCUAUCCUGUGCAACCACCACCCUAUAGUUACGACCAUGAGAUGGAUUACUGUGCAGACUUGCCGCCUCCCUACUCCCCAGCCGCACAGCCUUCAGCACAGCGUUCUCCACCCCCUCCUUAUCCUGGAAACUCAAGGAAGUAAUUCUUCUCCCAGAACACAAUAUGUGCCAAUCAGAGUCUCGCCCAUAAUAAAUUACUCAGAAACAGAGAGGAAAAGUUUGCUCUAAGGAAUAUUCUUUUAGGCCAAACAAUAUGUCAAGUGGAAUGUCCCAGCUGAAGGCACAGGGAUUUUACCCUUCUCAGAGAUGACCCCAUAUGAAGUAUUAUGUGUGGUUUGAUGGUACCACAUCUGAAGAGAUCUACUGAUAAACAUAAGUACAUUCAGAAAAAAGAAGAUAGACAAAACAUAUGAAAAUCAUGUUGCUCAAGGAAAUUGCAGUACUGAUCCUGGAAAAGAGAUUAUAUAAGACAUGAGAACAGCCUGGACUACAGAAAGAAACAACUAUUUUCUUGUAGCUUAAAAGCCAGAACUAGGACUGUUCAUUGUUUGCUCAUCAGUUAACGCAGAUCAAGUGCAUUUGAGCCCACCCUGUGCCUUACACUGUUUGAAGCGCUGGAUGGAAACUACAGGAACUGUAGUGUCAGGGGAAGAACAGGAAACUUUGGUUGCAGUAUAAGAAAGGGCAAUUGGAACUUCCUUAUUGACUAGAUUGCUUUGUGAAGCUCCCUGUUACCAAGAUGUCAAACAAAACUUGGCUGACGAUCUGGUAGCAACAUGCUGCAGAAAGGAGCUAAAUCAAAUGGUAGAUGGGUCCUGCUCAUGUUUUAGGUAGGUGUGAGGUAAACUUGUAUGCCUCCAAGAAUGAAAACAACUGGAAUAGUUGAAUCUUAUAUAUUUAAUUUGACAAUUAAAACAGGAUCAAAAGGAUUCAAUAGCUACUUGGAUCCAAGAAAUCUUCAAUGCUAGCUACUGCCACCUAAAAAUCAUCUGACUUUAAUUAGUAUAUUAUGACAAAAAUUAUUACAACAGUGAAAAAAUAACUGAAUCAAGUUCCAUAAGCAACAAACACUUCACUUCAGAUUAAAAGACUAGAAGCCAAAUAUUCCCAUGAGAUUUGAGAUCAGGGAGUAAAACCUUAGACCUUGACCGUGAAGAUAUACAGCUGUUUACAAAAAGAAGAGGGAAAAAAAGAAAGUUUGGAUUCUGUUCUGUGGAAUUCUAUUCAUAUGUAGCUUAGACAGAUUUCUUUUUCUCUUUCUUAAUAUUUUGAUAAUCUAUUCCCUUGAAAGAGUUAUACAGUUAAUGGUAAGGUUAAAAUACUGAGAGAAAACUGUUGCCUUUUGCUAAAAUCCAAAUGUUAAGAAGUGUCUACCUUUAGGUGUAAAGUUUUUAAUAAAUAACUCCUAAUGUGCCAUA